AUACCUUUUAUAGAUCAUUUCAAUUUGCAGUUGCUAGGCAACUAUUUAGUUGGUGCUCACUACUUCUCCAGUGAUCUCAGAUCUGCUCUGCUCUGCUCUCUCAUCCACAGAUUUGGAUUUUGUCAUCGAAGAAGAAGUUGGAGAUAAUGGGUCGAGGAGUCAGCAGCGGUGGAGGACAGAGUUCAUUGGGCUACCUUUUUGGGAGUGGAGAGGCUCCCAAACCGGCGCCAAACAAUGCCCCAGCUUCUUCUAGCGAAGGACCAGCUGCUAAUACUGGGGCUUCCACCAAGCCCAUUGCUGCAGCUCAACCAACAGAUGUUACUAAGCAGAUACCUGCAGGUAUCAAUAGUAACACUGCAAACAACUACCACCGGGCGGAUGGCCAGAACUGUGGCAACUUCAUCACGGGUCGUCCCUCAACUAAGGUCCACUCUGCACCUGGUGGUGGAUCAUCUUUGGAUUACCUCUUUGGUGGUGGUGGUGGUGGUGGUGGUGCUAGUGGUGGUGGUGCUAGUGGUGGUGGUGGUGGUGGUAAAUGAGAUAUGCUACAUUUCUUCAUAUGAAACUACUAUUCUUCUACUUCUCUGGAACCUGCUGUAGUUUGGAUGCCUGUUUGAUCUUCCAUAAACAUCAGAAACUUGCUUGAUCAUGUAAAUGAUGCAUAUAGCUGGGGUGGGUCUUUCUGGAAUCACUCUACUCAAUGCUUGAUUAUAAAUGCAUUUGUAUUUCUUGCAAAAAGCAGUCGAUCAAGAACAAAGAUAAUUGCCUAUGCUUAGUGGCUUGUCCUUUUUGGUGUUUUCAUGGAUACUGCCAACCACUUCCCUAGCCUGUUUGCUGUUUGGAGUGUCAUACAACUACCUUGUGAUCAUGUUCAUGAAUGUUGUUUUGCUAUAAAUCAAUGAGAGCAUAUAUGGGUGUGGGAUUGCCCUUGUUGAAA